GCCUGGCAGGGAGCAGGAGGUGCCAGCAGCAGGGCCAGCAGCCGCCCCAACACCUGCCCAGACAGGAAGCCCACAGCCCAGGGCUGCAAGGCUGGGCUGGGGCCAGGGCAGGUCAGGCGUGGGGCCACCCUGCCCUUGCCUCCCUGGACCCACAGGCAGCAUCGUCUGUGGAGAGACCAUGGAACCUGGAUUCCUCUGGUGACGGGGUUUGGCCUCUGGACAGAGAGGUCCCUGCGUGUUGACAGGUUGGGGCCCUCUGGACCUCUGGACGGCUCAAAAUAGCUGCUGCCUCUGGACAACCUCCCAGGCCCCUUCUCCACCCAGGGCAUGGGCACCCGUGAUGCCGUCCCCCCAGCCAAGGUUCUGGCUCCGGUGGCUGUGUACUGCGGGAGUGUCCCUCGGACCAGUGCUGGGCCCCGCACUCUCCUGGGUGGAAGCAGUGAUUCCAACCCGCAGACCUACAGAGAAGCUUCCCUCCAGCCAACGCCAAGCAUCCUGCCAGAGAAGCCAUCGCAGCUCUUGAGUGGGCAUGGGGACCCUGGCAGCCUCAAGCUGGAUGCUUGCCGGAAGGGCUGGCAGGCCAGAAAUGGCCACCCCGGGAACCUCGGGGCCCUGUCUCUGGGGCCCCACCCCCUGGUGCCCCUCCUCUCGCUGGAGUUGGAGGCCAACAGUGUGGCCCGGGACACCACCCAGAUCAAGGACAAGCUCAAGAAAAGGAGGCUCUCCGAGGGCUUGGCAGCAUCUGCCCGAGCCUCUCUGGAUCCUGGGGGAGGCGCCAAAGGAGUUACCCUGAGGAGUACCAUGCCCCGGGCCACCUCUCAGAGGUUGCUGAGGGUGCCCAGGCCUAUGCCUCCCAUCCAGAGCAUCCCCACCACCCCCGAGGCCAGCGGAGCCAAGGAGAAGAGCCUGGAUCCACCUGGGAGCAGUCAGGGUCCUCAGGAGCUGAGACCCGGUGCCCAGGAGGUGCAGAUCUCCCGGCAAUACCUGCACUGCAAUGACGAGAAGAUGCACAAGUCACUGGGGAGCAUUGUGAUCCCACCCAUCCCAAAGGCUGGCGUGCCCACUGGGACGUCCUCCUGUGCUGCUGGCUCCCUUCCCAGACUCUUGCCUCCAGGCCAGGACAGCCUCACGGGCCCGAAGGCCCCCCAAACACAAUUGGUUCAGGAGAGUGGGCCUCGGGAGAAGACCCCUCAGUCUCUGGAGCCAAAGCCUUUGGCCUUGCCCAUCAGGGGCAGGUCUACAGCCCCUGAGAAGCCUGCCCUGCCUUCAUCUCAGUCUGCUCCUACGCUGACAGCCUUCUCCUUCAGCCAUGCCAAAGAAGCCCACCCCUUGCUAAAAGAAGAGGACCAGAAGGAAAGCAGCACCAAGAUCCAGGUCACCAUCUCUAAGUCUGCCCAGGAGAAGAUGCGGCUGAAGCAGAUGAAGGAGAUGGAGUUGUUCCGGAGGGUGAAGGACCCGGAGAGGGAGAGGGAGCUUGCUUCCCAGAGCCUGGGCCCCCGGAGGACCUUGAUGAAGGAAGGCCUCCUUCCCCUCCGGGGCAGCGGGACCCUGUCUGUGCCCACUGGGCUGAGCAGCCCACGCAGAAACAACAUCGGUGUCAUCCUGAGGAAGAGGGCCAACCGGGCCUCACUGCCCAGCAUCCCUGUCAGCAAGCAGGAGCCCAGCUUUGCCCGGCAUGCUUCAGCUAACUCGCUACCUGCGGUGCUGACGCUGGGGUCUCCUGAAUGGGAAGAGGAGGAGGAGGAGGCGCAUCUUCGAGCCUUUAAGGAGUUGAGGCCCUUCUCGAACCCAGAGGUGGGGUUGAUGGAUGCCCUCCAGUGCCUCGACAGCAGCGACUGGAAGAUGAAGGAGAAGGGCCUGGUGAGCAUCCAGCGCCUGGCCGCCUGUCACUCAGAUGUCCUCGCCGGGAGGUUGCAUGACGUGUCCUUGGCCGUGAGUGGGGAGGUCACCAACCUCCGCUCCAAGGUGUCUCGCCUGGCCAUCAGCACCCUGGGAGACCUCUUCCGGGCCUUGAAGAAAAGUAUGGACCAGGAGGCUGAGGAGAUCGCCCGCUGCCUGCUCCAGAAGAUGGGGAACACCAGCGAGUUCAUCCAGAGAGCAGCCAACCGGUCCCUGGGGGCCAUGGUGGAGAACGUGACCCCUGCCCGAUCCCUGGUGGCCCUCACCUCGGCGGGCGUCUACCACCGAAACCCCUUAGUCCGGAAAUGCACUGCCGAGCACCUCUCGACUGUCCUGGAGCAGAUAGGCGCUGAGAAGCUUCUCUCAGGCACCAGGGACAGCACAGACAUACUGGUGCACAACCUGGUGAGGCUGGCCCAGGACUCCAACCAGGACACCAGGUUUUAUGGCCGGAAGAUGGUGAAUAUCUUGAUGUCCAACACGAAGUUUGAUGCGUUUCUGAAGCGGUCCCUCCCAUCUCACGACUUGCGGAAGGUCAUGGCAGCCAUUAAACAGCGGGGACUAGAAGAUGGUGAGGACCUUCCAUCUGCCAAGGGCCGCAAGGUGUCAAGGAGCCUGGUGGUGUGUGAGAAUGGGCUGCCCAGCGAGCUCGGUGUCCCUGGAGGUCCACAUCUGAGCUCCUUAGCAGGGCAGCCACGGAACCCCCCGCCCCCACCUCUUCAAGGGCUCAGUUCCAAUGGCCCGCAGCUGGCCGGGCUGCGCUCCUCCAUGCGAGGUGGCUUGGAGACGGUGGAGCAGCUGCGGGAGCUGACACGGCUGCUGGAGGCCAAGGAGUACCAGUCACGGAUGGAAGGUGUGGGACGGCUCCUGGAGCACUGCAAGGCCAAGCCAGAGCUCAUCACCGCCAACCUGGUCCAGGUCUUUGAUGCUUUCACCCCAAGGCUUCAGGAUUCCAACAAGAAAGUGAACCAGUGGGCUCUGGAGUCCCUCGCCAAGAUGAUUCCCCUCCUGAAAGAGAGCUUACAACCUAUGCUGCUCUCCAUCAUCGUCGCUGUUGCAGACAACCUCAACUCCAAGAACUCAGGGAUUUACGCUGCCGCGGCGACUGCCCUGGAUGCAAUGAUUGAGAGUCUGGACAACCUUUGCCUCCUACAAGCAUUUGCUGGGCGGGUGCGUUUCCUGAGUGGCCGUGCGGUGCUUGAUGUCACAGAACGCCUGUCAGUGCUGGUGGCCUCGGUUUACCCCCGAAAGCCCCAGGCCGUGGAGCGCCACGUGCUUCCGGUCCUCUGGUACUUCCUGAACAACAUGCUCGGGAGCGGCAUCCUGCCUGGGCUUGGCGGCAACGUCCGCACCGUGGUGUGCCGGCUGGCCAGGAGCCUCCAGGGGCAGAUGGGCUCCCGGCUGCAGGACUUGGCCACCGGCCAGCCAAAGCAAGUCCUCAAAACACUCCAGGACCUCUUACACACGGAAUCCCUGUGAGGCAGCUCCGAGAUCGCCGACCGAGGGCUGGAACCUGACAGCAAGAAGACUGGCAGCUCUCGCCCCUUUCGGCUGGAUUCGAGAUGGAUCUGAAGUGGGCAAUCACUAUUUCUCAUCUUAUUUUAUUUUUCUGAUGGAAUAAUCUCCUGGUCUACUUUCCCUUAGAGUUCCAGAUGUACAUAGUAUAUUUUGAAGU